AUGCGCGUCUUCAACCUCCUCUUCCUGGCUCCACUGGCCAUAGCAGCCACGACCCCAAAUCUCAUCAAACGCGACGCCCAAGCCGUCUUCGACGACAUAACGGGCAUCGACACCACAGUCCGCGCCCUCACCGCCGCAGUCACCGCCUACACCGGCGGAAUCCAAGAAGCUUCCCCCGUCUUCAACGCCUCUCUCGCCGUCCACGCCAUCAACCGCCAAGGCUUCGCCGACGCAAACGCCUCGCCCCGUUUCACCUCUGCAGAAAGCAAGAGAAUCGUCGACCACGUGGACGAUUCAGUUGGAGUGUCUAUUCCGGAGGGGAUCGAAGUGAUCAAGGCGAAGAAACCGCUGUUUGAUCAGGCGGAGUUGACGAGUUUGGUCAAGGCUACUAUUGAUCUUUUGAAAUAUGAUCAUGAGACGUUUUCGCUGGCGGUGGGAGCGAAGUUGAGUUUGGAUCAGGUUGCGGCGGGCGCGCUGGCAGCGGGCAAGAUUGAUGCGGUGUUGCAGGGCGCGAGUUUGUUUUAUGCGCUUUAA